AUGCCGGUGGGGCGCGUCCCGCGGCGGGGCAGCCCCGCGCCCCCCGCGCCGCCCCUCCGCAGCCGCCGCCGCCGCGCCGCGAUGCCGGCGGCGGGGCGCGGGCAGCCCGCCUCCUGGCUCCUGGUGCUGGGCGCCGCCGCCCCCGCCCUCUGGCUGCGCUGUGUCCUGGCCGACUUCACGGUGGACAACGAGGUGCACUCCAGCUUCAUCCACCGGCGGCUGCGCGGCCCCGAGCGCCGCGAGAUGCAGCGGGAGAUCCUCUCCAUCCUCGGCCUGCCGCACCGACCGCGGCCCCAUCUCCACGGCAAGCACAACUCGGCCCCCAUGUUCAUGCUGGACCUCUACAAUGCCAUGUCCGUGGAGGAGGGGGCGGCGGGGGCCGCAGCUGAGGAGGGCGAGGGCUUCUCCUACCCUUACAAGCCCAUCUUCAGCACCCAGGGGCCGCCUCUGGCCAGCCUGCAGGACAGCAACUUCCUCACCGAGGCUGACAUGGUCAUGAGCUUCGUCAACUUGGUGGAGCAUGACAGAGAGUUUCACCAUCAGCGCUGCCACUACCGAGAGUUCAGGUUUGAUCUCUCCAGAAUCCCAGAGGGGGAAGCGGUGACGGCGGCCGAAUUCAGGAUAUAUAAGGAUUAUAUCCGCGAACGCUUCGAUAACGAAACGUUCCGGAUUAGUGUCUACCAGGUCCUCCAGGAGCACCCGGGAAGGGACUCAGAUUUGUUCCUGCUCGACUCUCGAACAAUCUGGGCUGCAGAAGAAGGGUGGUUGGUGUUUGACAUUACUGCAACCAGUAAUCACUGGGUGGUGAAUCCCCAACACAAUCUUGGCCUGCAGCUAUCUGUGGAAGGCAUUGAUGGGCAAAGCAUCAAUCCCAAACUGGCGGGUCUCAUUGGAAGGCACGGCCCACAGAACAAGCAGCCAUUCACGGUAGCCUUCUUCAAAGCCACUGAGGUCCAUCUGCGCAGUAUUCGCUCCACGGGGGGCAAGCAAAGGAGCCAGAACCGAUCGAAAACGCCAAAGAACCAGGAAGCUUUCCGGGUGUCCAACAUUGCAGAGAACAGCAGCAGUGAUCAGCGACAAGCCUGCAAGAAGCAUGAGCUCUAUGUCAGCUUCAGGGACCUGGGGUGGCAGGACUGGAUCAUUGCUCCGGAGGGCUAUGCUGCGUAUUACUGUGAAGGAGAAUGUGCUUUCCCCUUGAAUUCAUACAUGAAUGCUACCAAUCAUGCCAUUGUGCAGACACUGGUUCACUUUAUAAACCCAGAGACUGUGCCGAAACCCUGCUGUGCUCCUACACAACUCAAUGCCAUCUCAGUGCUCUAUUUUGAUGACAGCUCCAAUGUUAUCUUAAAAAAAUACAGGAACAUGGUGGUACGAGCAUGCGGCUGUCAUUAGAUUUGUAGGAAAGAAAAAUGUUUUUUUUGUGAAG